CUUUGGGGCAACCGCCAAAUCGAUGGCCAAAAAGUUCCAACCCUAACCCAUUGCUCAAAAUGGCAGGCGCAGCUUCGAUGUUAGUAUACCAGGCAUCAACGUCGUUUUGUGAGUUGCGAGACAUUAGUAUACUAUGUACAGACGAAAGUUUUAUAUUUCAAUCUUCAUUCAAUGGCCCGAAAGUACCAUAAAGAGGCAGCCGCUCGUGCAAGACUCGCCCGACAAGCUCAACUGUAUACUGCUACUGCUCCAGUUAUAUCCAGCGAGGCUGCGCAACACUCAAAACCAACUUGCCGAAAGCUAUGGCUUCUGUACGUCUCAGCACAAUCCGGUUAUGGAGCAUCGGAUGCACAGGUGGAUGGAUGCUUAUCGGUCAGGUCUGGAGACGAAAAAAGCACAGUUGCAGGUCAAGGAGUUCAGCUCAAGGAAGUACAAGUCUCAUAGACGUGUUCUGGAGACUGUAGCAUGUCUUUUCGACUGAUUUUACCGGUCACCGCCAAUUUGGGUCAUGUCCGAAAAUUUAUCUCGCUCAAAUUUAAUGCUAUGC